GUAAAUAAGCUAGAAAAAAAUUAAUAUAAACUAAAAACAAAAAAUAUUAUUUGUACAUUGCAAUAUCAAUCAUGUAAAAAAAUAUUACACACAUACCCCCCAAAAAUAUAUACUCAUUGAAUACGUUUACGCGGCAACGUUAAUCCGGUUUUAAGUAACCACUAUUCUACCUACUGUCGUUACAUGCCAUAUAAAUUAAAUUCUUUACGUCGAUGUUGUUACACCACUUGUAAUAAUGCUACGCUAACGCUAUAAAUCCUUGCGUGUAAACGAACAUCACUUACAAUUACGGUUUAAGGUUAUCGUGUAAACGUACUCCGAGUUCUCUAUGUUUACGAGUCAUGACGGCUCCGGUCCGGCGUUCCAUCGCUAGAUCAUGCUGCUACAUAGGAGGGAACGUCACGGUGUUUAUGUAUUGCAGUAUUUUCUUACGCAGAUAAUUGAUAAACAAUCAUGGUGUAAAUGUGUAAAUAAAGUUAGGAAGAAAAAAAAACAAUUUGAUAUUAAGAAUAAUGAGUGUCACCCAAGCAAAACUCCAAGCAUGGGUAAAAUUAAUACAAUUAAAAAAAUUGCAAGAUGUACUGGAUGAUAUUCAGAGUAUUCACAUACAAGUUGACAGUAAGCUGAACGAGAAAAUUUUUAAAUUAUUGUUACACUUGUAUCGCACAGCAGACGAAUGUAAGGAACAGAGUUCCGAGACUGGAAAGGAAAUGGCUGCAUUAACUAAAUUGCUGUGUUCAUUACUGAUUAAUAUACCUAAUAACAAUAACUUUGUCAAGUGCCUGUUUAAAAUCGCUCGUUAUUUAAUUUCUCUGAAUUUGUAUGAGGAUGCGGCAGAGAUUUGCUGUUACUUACAACCUGGCAAGAUGUAUGAUCCUCAAAAUGAUACCAUCGAAUUAUUGGCAAAAGUAUUAUCCUUGUGGCAAGGUGAAACUAGUAAUGCGUAUCUUCUUCUUACCAAGCAAUCUUUCAAUGAAGAAAAUUACAAUAAUUUGAAGAAUGCUAUUGCAUAUGAAAUGAGAAUGAUACAAAUUCUACACAAGAAUUAUACGAAGCCUCUGAUCAUGAGAAUAAGCGCACAUUUGGAUACAAUUGCGACAAUCGACAAAGGAGGAAACAAAUAUUUUCAGGAUUUUCUUAGACACAUGCAGGAAUAUUUAGCAGGAGCACAGCUGUGUUUAGAACAGGAUGAAAAAUAUAUCAUAUAUUGCCAUACACUUCACAUCAUAUGUCACAUAAUAUGCAAGUCUAUUAAUAUGGCCGAUGUAGAGUCUACAAGGAAAACAUUGAAUGAAUUAUUCAGUGACUUUGAGAACCUCUUGGCAGAGGACGAGGAGUGUCACCAGUGCUUCCAGCAAUUUCAGAAUUUAUGUGCAACGCUUUUAGUACCAGUAGAAAGUUUCGCCAAUGACACUGCCAAGAACUUGCAAAAUAUUGUUUCCUGUAAUUCGAAAAUUGCACAGAGGUAUGGAUAUGAGGCCUUGAAGUGGAACGCGUUCAGUACCGCGGAAAUAGGCGAACCGUUGUUUAUGUAUUUAGAAAGAUGCGUGAAGGCUGACAAGUGUCUGCUCGUCGACAAAUUGCUCGAUACCAGCGUCCUGCUGGAAACGAUGAAUCUAUUUAUACAUAUGAACGUGGACGCGUUUUAUAUGAGGGAAAUGUCACUUAAAAAAUGCAAAUGGUGCCUGGAUAAAGUGUGCACGGUCAAGAAGGACUUGUACAACGCAAUAGUAAUGCAAUGCAGGUUCUUCACUCUGGUGUGCAAGUUCUCUGUUAAAACACUGCCGGAAGAGGUGUGCGUCCUCGCCAGAAAGAUCCUGGAGCAAAACGCAAACUCGAUCAUCCGUGAAAUGAGAGAAUGCAGAUGUACACGCUGGAUACAAUUGUGGAGCACCUGCCGCACUUUAAUUUACAACAUAGGAAUACUGUCCGAGCAUGUUUACAAGGAGGGUGCACGUUUAUUCGCAUUGCUAUGCCGCUGCAUCUUCCAGCUUCGAGAGACCGACUCGAGUUCGAAGUAUUUUAAAAGUCCCGAGGACCUUGAAAAUUCUCUCUCCUUCGCAUUGUACAAACUAAGUGUCAUAUAUUAUAAUAAUGGUGUAUAUAGAAGAGCCAUGACUGUGUGCGCGUUACAUGCCUUGUUGACUUACGAUCAGCCAAGCACGAAGGCCUUCCACGUAUGGGCAAACAUUAAGAAACACGCUCCUGAGAUAGUCAGAAAAUUAAGUAUGAUCGAAUGCUUGAGAAGUGACAAGGACCAGAUAAAGGAUGUGAUGAACUUUUUGAUCGACACGUCUAAGUAUGAUCUUGUUAAGUUGCGUUUACGUGAGGUAAAAAGUUUAAUCGAAGAGGAAAUCUCAUUCACAAACUGUGUAUCAGCACUUCUGGAAGAAUUUGAGAGAUUGGAGCCAAGUAAACGCUUGUAUGCACGUGCGGUACAAUUAUUGGGACACUACUUGUUGAAUUUUGAAUUCGACAGCUCUGUUCUGGAAUAUCAUAAACGAGCCAUGUCUAGAUUAAAACAGGAUGUAGAGUUAGAUUCUCUGAGUGUCUUGUGCUUCGAAGCCAAUUUACAUUUUUUUACAUUUCUGGAGGAAUUACAUGCGAUGAACAAGCAAACACAAGUGGAAAUGGAGAACACGAAGUUUGCUCUGUACGCUCCUAAACUACCGGAACUUCGAGAAACCAAAUCUCCAAAUGUAGUUCCUGCCUAUACUAUGAUAAACGUUAAAAAAGAUGUCAACCUUGUAGUGCAUCUGCAGAAGUGUUUGAAGAAAUGGAGUGAAUUAUUUAAAUGUGACAUCGGUGAAAUCAUAAAAAAUUUGGAACCAAAUCUUAUACUUGAUACAAUGAUAACAGCUGGUGAAUACUGCCGACUGUAUCGUUACGAGGACUGUGAAGCUAAAGUAUGGAAGUUGGCACAUAGACUAGCGUCAGAAAUGGAUGAUCAUCGUAAAAUAAUUUACGUUGUAAGUCGUUGUAUCUCAUCAAGACAAAUUAAUUACGAUUGGAUUGCUACUGCCAAAGAGUAUGCCAUAAAAUGUAAAGAUUCCAAAGAUGAAAAUACGAUUCGUUCCAUUGCUAUCUUCUGGAUAAGCUUAGCAGAUUUUUGUUUUGAAUGUGGAAAGUGCGACGAUGCUAAGCAAUUACUUACCGAAGCUAGCAAUCUCUCGGGAAUUUCACUCCUUGCUACCAAAUCUAUAUAUUUGCUAAGUUUAGAUACUAUUAUACGAAAUAUUAAUUUAUACGAGGAUAAUAUGCAACACGAGGAUUAUACUUCAUAUAUCACGAAAAGUCUGUUUGCAGGGAGACGUUUACAUCAAGAGUUGGUAACAACAAAAUGGAAAAGCCAAGUGGAAUAUCUCUUUAGUUACGACGUGCUUUUUACCACGGCGAUCAAUCUCUCUAUGAGGACAAAUAGUCUACUAUCCUUUCGCGGAAUUAGUACGGAUUUGGUACGACAGUUGAAAACGGCACAGAGUUUAGGUGCAGUAAUGCGUACCGCCGAGGUGUUGAAGUCGCUGUGUUACAUCGACUUGUCGCGUUCGCAGCUGGACGAUUGUGAGGUGAAGCUGCAAGGCCUGGAGCGCAUUUUGGACAUCGAGACGUUUCAGCUGUCGAUGACAAGUUCCAAGUCUGUCCCCACGUCGUCCACGCAUCUCGCAGUGACGCCAACGAGAAAUCCCGUGGAUCCCGUCAGGGACUUGUCUCAGCACGGCAGCUCACCGGUGCUCGCUAAGAAAAUUUUCGACCUGCCCAAGUUCAGCCUGCACGAAAAUUGCGACUGCUACAAGUGCCGCAACGUGUCGUAUCAGUACCUGGUAUUCGCUACUACCUACAUCAGGGCACAAUUGUACGCCUCACAGGGUCACAUCGCGCAGGCGUUCGACCAUUUCCACGGCGCCUUCAAAAUAAGAGAAAAAUUAUUUCGAGAGGAGAAAUCGUCCGGUCGCUCCCGCGACAAAAUCGGCGCAAAACGGUCCUCCUGGCACGCGCGACUCUACGUCACCGAUUACGUCCAGCUGCUGAUCGAUUUCUGUUAUUUCCUGAAAACAAGUAUACCGUCGAGGCAACAGGAGGCGUACGAUAUUGCAAAUUUGGCGAUCGACGUAUGCCACCAGUACAAAUUGGAGGGACACCCCGUUUACGUGUCGGCUCAGGAAUUGGCGAUUGACAAUGAUUUCCAGUCGGUAUUGACGUCUUCAGACUGCACUUCAGAAUUUAUGGUUCCACAAUCACACGAUAUCGAUGUGAGUGAGUACGCCGCGGUUCCAACUGUCCCGAGCCUUUGUGUCACGCCGUCUGCGCAGAAACACGUUAGGAGGCCCCUCUCAGGAGUGCGACGCAAAAGAAAUCCAGUCGCUUUGAAAAUAGCGAAAGUUGAUAUGAUUUGGAGCGACGAUGAAGACGACGACGACAGCUCGUCAUCACCAUCUGUCUCAACGCGCUUAACUAAAACGCCUAAACCGCGCGAAAAAUAAAGAGAGAAUUAAAAAAAAUCUAUUUCAUAGCAAAAAAUAAAUAAAUAAAAACAAAGACGUGACAAAUCUAGUUAGACUUUGGCGUUCUAAAUUGUUUUUAUUUUAGAAUAAUUUAUUCAUGUAAAAUAAUCUUUUUUGCGGAUUUUUGCAGAAACAGUAUGAUAAUUGAAUUUUCCUUAUCGCACUUUACAAGCACCAUAAUAUCGAGAUAAUAUUUAUUAAUUACUUUCUCCAUGUUAUUCUAUUAUUAAAAUUUAUUCACGAUUUCAAGCCCAAGUUGGUAAGGCAGAUAAUUUGCGUUCUUAUAGUGAUUAACUUUAUUAUACACGAUAAGUUAAUAAACAGUUAUAAUUUCGUAUAUAUAAAUCGGAAACAGCGUAUUACAGUGACUAAUUGUACGAUAUUCAAUAUUUCAUGUAAUAUAAUUCAAUAAAAUAUAUCUCGAUUUCACAAAUAAA